AAUUAUGUGAGAAAAGAUUGAGCAACAAGUAAACGAUUUAGCAAUCUGUUGGGCAAUGAUUCUGCAGAAAGUGCCUGCAGUGUUUGCGUAGUUGAAGGUCUUUCGUUGGCAUUGAAGUACAAACUACUGCGGUAUUUACGUAACAUGACACUAUUGAAUUUAUAGGAAUAGGGAAUACAUUUUCCCAACUAUUCGAAUGAUUAGUUCAGUGUUUGGGCUGUGUUAAGCGAAGCUGUUCAAACUAUACACCAUUUCUCAGUUUGAUUUCCGAUUGAUUCAACAUAUCUUAGUUUCAGUAACUAAAAAUGGAGUCCUUUGCAGUUUUAUUGGAACCUUAUAAGGAUUUGAUAAGUAGUUCAGCCGCAAUUGUAACAUAUUUACAUCAACUAAGUGGCUUAGCCAUUUGUAAUGACAUUCGCAAACAAAAGUCAACCGUUGGAUUCUCAAUCCUACCAUUUUUAGCGGGAACUGUCAUUUCUGUUUUGGUUUUACGCUUCGGAGCAAUAUUAAAUGAUACAACAACCGUUCAUGUAAAUCUGAUUGGAACCGCGCUUAACUUGAGUUACGUUUGCUAUUAUUUCUGGUAUACGAACAAUAUUAAAGACAAAACAUUGGCAUGGGCUCAAAUCGGUUACGCGUCCGCAUUUGUGGCUGCAGUCUUCGCCUACACCUACGUUGAAAAUCAAAAAGACCUUCCAUUUCGUUAUGGAUUGAUUUUAACGGCUGUAUUAUUCUACUUUGUGGGCUCUCCAAUGCUUCAUUUGGGUGAAAUAAUUCGCAACAAGAGUACUGCUGGUAUGCCGUUUCCAAUCAUAUUAUCGGGAACACUGAUUUCGUUUUUGUGGUUCUUGUAUGGUGUCGUGACGCGUGAAUAUUUUGUCAUUUUUCAAAAUGCAGUAAUCUUUUUGAUGAGUGCUGUGCAAUUGUCUUUGUUUGCCGUAUAUGGUUUCCCUAAACCAACACACAAAUCAAAAAAGAGCGGUAGCCCAGCAAACAUUAAUAACAAUGACAAAAAGAAAAAUUAGUUAAACUUUGUUUUUCUUUUAUUAUACUCUGCAAUACUAUGCUUUAUCCACACUUGUUAUAACAAAAAAAUGAAUGUGAUCAAAUGUGAUGUGCAAUAUUGGCAAAUUGUUAUUGACAAUAAGAAGACCCUCAUACACUUUUAUCAAAAGAAUUGUUAUCUUCAUGAAAUGUUAUGCAAUAAAGAAUUUAAAUAAAUUACAGUUUUUGAUAUUUCAA